UAGAAGCAGAAACAUAGGUUUGGUUCAUAUUGGACCAAUAAUUCAAUGUGUUUUAGAUUUAUUUGAUAUCAAUGUUGAAAAUCUUCCCUCCAAAAGUACAGCAGCAAUUUUUACAAGUGAAAUGGGUGUUGUGUCCAGAAAUCAAAUUAAUGAAGAAAUGAAAAAUAAUUGUAACAUAACAAUGCAUAGAGACGCUACUACAAAAAAGGGAAAACAUUUUUAUGGAGUUCAAUUUAAUACUGGUGAGAAAGUUUUGUCUGCAGGUGUGAGAGAGGUGUGUGAUGGAAAGGGUGAGACUUAUGUCGAUGUAACAAGAGAAAUUUUAUGUGAUAUAUCGCAGAAAGAGGGUGAGAGUGAGAAUAUUUUAAAUAACGUUUCAUGUUUUAUGACUGACAGGUGUGCGACAGAGCAGAAAGUUAAUGAUAUUUUAGCUAGAGACAUUGAUCAUGCUGUACAUUCUUUUAAAUGUUCUGUUCACCCCCUUUUACAGUUUUCUGAUGUAUGCAUUGAAGAGAUUUUUAAUAUUGAGCAAGAGUUGUGUUUUAAAUUUCCUGGCUAUACCCAUUCUUUAAGAGAGCCUUUUAUUUUGUUUCUUUUAAAAUCUGUGUCAAAAUUAUUUUACAAAGAUGGGACAGGUGACCCAAAUAUUUUACAGGUUUACAUGAAAAACCAUGGUGUGGAAAAUAUUCCAAUUGUAAAUAUUAGAGGUAACCGUUUUAAUGUUUUAUUUUAUAAUGCUGCUGGUACUUUUUUUAUGCAUAAACAUAUAUUGCAGUAUUUUUAUUCUUUGAAAAGUUCUUACAAUUUUAUUCAGAAUUUUAUUGUUUUAUGCUUGCAAAACAAAACAUUUUUAACUCUACUGAGAGCUCUGGGUAUUAUUUGUAAAAUUAUUACUGAACCAUAUUUUGUUAAAGCUACAGAAGUUGGAAACAUUUUACUUAUGGGCAGUGUAUUCCAGAGACUUUUAUAUGUUUUAGAUUUAUUGGUAGAAAACCCUAUUUUAGCAUUGAAUAACGAAGUUUCACUUUUUUAUGGUCCUUGUUUUUAUGAUGGUGUCUUUGAUUUUUUACUUAAAACUUCGCUUAACAACGAUCUUACUUGUGUUUUUAUAAAACGUUUAUGUUCUGUUUUAAAAAGCAAAGUUUCAAAAUUGUUUCAUGAAUUUUUAAAAGGAGGGAAGUAUUUUAAUGUUCAUCAAGGUGAUUUACCUGAAUGUAACUCAUGUUCAACUAAUAAUAUAUGUUUAGAAAGACUUAUGGGACAAUUGGAUUUUAAACUUAAAGCAGCUUCUACCUCAACUGUCAACAGCAUAGAAAGCUGCAUUUUAUAUUCCAACAACAGAACAGAAAAUUGGCUUAAAGAUAAAGAUCCGAAAGAGCAGCAGGAAAUUAUAGAUAGUGCAAGAUCACAAAAUCGAGUUUUUAUGAAACAGGACAGAGAGAGACAAGAGGAACUUUUUAUUAAACAAACGAAGAUUUUAGAACAAAAAGAGAAUGAAGCAAAGAGAAAGAAGGAGAGAAAAGUUAAUCAGAUUGACAAGGCAAUAGAGGACAUGAGAACAGUAGGAUUGUGGGAGAGUGAAGAAAAGAUCAAGGAGGAGGUGGAAAAAUUGAGAACCAAAAAGGGGAAAAUGGAAAGCCUAAAAAAACAAAUAAACAUAUACAAGAAAGUGUUUGAGAUCGACAAAAAUUAUAAAGAACUUUUACAAUUCUCAUCAAAAGGCAAAAUAUAUGACAUAAGCAAAUUACAACAAAAUCUUACAAAACUAAUAAUGUUAAGGAGAAAUACACCGAAAUACAAAGCAAGUGAUUUAGUGGGCAAAGCCAUCAUACACACAUGGACACUGGAGAAUGGAGAAAAUAAAGAGUAUGAAGGAGAGAUAAGAGGAUUCGAAGAUGGUGUUUUCAAAGUUGUGUACUGGGAUGAUAAAGAGAAGAAGGAAGGCAAUGAGUUUGAACUAACAGAGAGAGAGAUUAAUAUUGACAUACAAGAAGGAAAUCUUUUUAUAAAAGAUACAACCAACCUGGAUCACUGUUAUUCAACAUUUUGAAAAAGACUAUAAGUACAGACGGUAAGAGUUAUCUUUCAUUUUAUUCAUUUUCUUGGUUGGGAGAAAGUUAGAGUUAUUGCCCUUUGGUACAAUAGUCUUUACUCUGCUAUUAGUGAUUAUAGCAAGUUAAUUAUUCAUAACCAAGGAACCAAUGAAAUGUGUUUUAUAUAUAGCCAUGUUUUGAAGGUCA